AUGCAAGAAAAUCAGCAUCUAGCCCACCACGAUGCCGCCACCAAGACUCUCAGUCCGUCUACAUCGCCUACAAGCAUCGUCUUCAACGCUCAACCCUUUGGCGGCGGGCCUGGUGCUACUCUUACAGCCGUCAUGCCCUUUUUGCGAAGCCGACUAAAGUCUCUUGGGCCUAUAGCUCUGCAUUAUGUGGGAUCCAGUCUUACAAUGGACUUCCAGAAGCUCACAGAGGCCAAGUGGGACGGAAUACACAACGUUGACUUAUACGCAAAUCCGGAAAUGGGAAAAAUGAAGCUUGUUUCUCUGUUGCAGCGCUUGAAGCCACGGCUCGUUGUGACAGCCAUGGAUGAACUUGUUGCUGCUGCCGCUCAGAUGGCCGGAAUCCCUGUGGUCAUCAUCGACCUGUUGCUCUGGUUCUGGCCCAGUAUUUCUCCCCAUUGGCGACAGGCCGAGUUGGUGAUUGCUGCAGAGUUCUACGGUGUCCAGGAGCGCAUUGCCAGCGAGAAUCUGACCAAUGUUGUUACCGUCUCACCACUUGGACCGCCUGCGAGGACUACUCGAGAUCCCUCGGCUGGUGUUCUUCUCAAUUUCGGAGGCAUGAUCAACCCUCUGAUGCCAAAGGAAGAGUACAUCGCCUACUCUCGUCUUAUAUACAACGCUGCUCGACGCGCUAUCAAUCUACGCAACGCCGCCCUCCCAGAAUCUCAACAUGCCAAGUUGACAGUGUUGGUAGCCAGCCUUGGCCUGGCGCAAGGCAUCGACCCCGAAGAUCCACAAGCAGCUCGCAUGGUCUUGCCAGACGAGGCUCUCAAGCUGAUGGCCUCGUCUGAACUGACGUUUUGCACUGCAGGGCUGGGCAAUCUGUAUGCUGCCGGCGCCGUUGCGAAUGAGGUUCUACUGCUGCCGCCUCUACACGAAGGCCAUGCAAUACAAACUCACCUGAUUCAGAAAGCCGGCGUCCCUGUAGAUGCCAUAGAGUGGCACGAAUUAACAGGCAGGGCGCCCAUCGACUACUACCGCGACUCGCUGGAAGUCAUGGGCAAUGUCAGCAAAGCACAGAGCCAAGUUAUUGGCAAUCCAGAGGCACAGGCGGCCCUGGUCGAUCGAAUGCUGGCGGCCAUGCUGCGUUCAGCUUCGACAGGGGCUUCAGCUCGAAACCCGCCUUUGAGGACGCUCAUCAACGAAUUUGGCCAGGAUGACGGCGAUACCAUGGCAGCUCAGAUUAUGGGUGUAUUAACAAGAGCCUGA